AUGAGUUAUAAUUUAUGCAAAAUUAAAAACUUGGAUAAUGCAGAACGUCAAAUACGACGUUUGGAAGAACGUUUACGUGCUGCUGAUUUAGAAAAAGCAGCAAUUGAGAAGGCUAGAAAAUUCCUGGAAGAAGAGAUAAACAAAUUACACCAACAAUAUCAAAAGGCAACAGCAGAGGAAGAACGAAAAGCUCGCGAUAAACAACAUGAAAUUAAUCUUGGAUUAGAAGAAGAAUAUAAGAAUCGCAUUAACGAGCUAAAAAGUCGCAUCGAGACAAUUCAACGUGAUAAUACGAAAUUGAAAACUGAGCUAAAUACAAUGAGGGAUAAAUAUCGAGAUACUGAAAAUGAAUACAAUAUUACACUAAGAAAAUUGGAAGAAAAAGAUGCUGCAUUGCGUCAUCUUGAUGAAACUAAACGUCAAUUUACCAAUGAACUUGAUCAACAACGAACACGUUAUGAUACAUUAAAUUCUGAAUUUGAUAGACUAAAUAAUGAAUAUGAGAAUGCUAAUAAGACAGUUGUAACAUUGGAACAAACAGUUCGUGAAAUUAAACAACAACGAGAUGAAUAUGGUAAACAAAAAGAUGAGCUUUCACGACAAAUGUUCGAUUUGAAGCAUCAGUUAGAGAAUGAAAAAGCAGCACGAGAAGAAGCGGAAAAAACAACGAGCCGUUUAACGCAAGAAAUCGAAAAAUUCAAACUUCAAAUUACGGAUUAUGAGAAUCAGCUAAGUAUGUUACGCCGGCAUAAUGAUGAGCUUGAUACGCAAAUCAAAAGUGGUCAAGCUAAAAUAACCGCUAUCGAGAAUGAUUUAAUUACAAGCCAAAAAGAAACUGUUCGAUUGAACGAAUUAAACAGUCGUCUUCAAAGAGAAAAGCAGGAUGCUAUCAACCAAAAACUUAAAGCUGAAAGUGAUGCUGAAGUAUGGAAAGAACAAAUUCGGAGGCUGGAACUAGAAAUUGAGAAGUUAAAAAUAGAAAAUCGAACAAUUACGGAACAGGAAGAAAAGACACGUGAUGCUUUAACAAAAGAAACAAAUCGUGCACAUCUUCUGCAAAAAGAACUUGAAGAGACAAAAGCAGAAAUAGAAGAACUUGAAAAAAAAAUCAAACGAUUGGAGCAAGAAAUUGAAAGCAGUUCUCGUGGUACACGUAAGGAUGAAUCAGAAGAGACAGAUAAGAUUUCACUUGGUCCAAGUGGUCCUACAGUUUAUGAUACCGAAAUACAUGAAAUUCGAAUCAGAGAAGUUAACGAUAAAUGGAAACUUGAGUUUGAUAAAAUUCUUGGUGAAAAGGAUGAGCUUGAGCGUAGGAUUCGUGAUUUGGAAGAUCAAAUCACGCAAAAAAAUCGUGAAUUUGAACGACAAGAAACCGAGAUAGCGGAACUGAAACGUAAACAUCAAGAAGAAAUUGAUAGAUUACGAAGCGAAAUUUCACAACUUCAUGAUAAACAUCAGAAUGAUCUUGAUGACGAGAAAGAACAAUACAAUAAGAAUUUGGAAUCGAUCAAAUAUGUUGAAGAUGAACUUCGCAAUAAACUUGCUGAAGCUGAAAGAAAACUUGCAGAAGCUGAAAAUCGUGAAAAUCAAUUGGAACGUGAAAAAGUAGAGUUGAAGGAAAAGUAUGAACAAGCAUUAGCACAAAUCCAGAAACUCAAGGAUGAUUUAGAUGAUGCACGACAGGAAGCAGAAAAUGAAAUACAAAAAUGGAAGACUGAAGUGUAUUCGGUACGAUCGGAGCUUAAAGCACUUGAAACAUCAAGUAAUGCACUAAGAACACAACUUGCAGCAGCUAAUGAACGAGCUGAAUCACUGAAUAAAACGGUUAAUGAUCAAAAUGGAAAAAUACGAGAAUUGAAUACACAAAUCCGACGUCUUGAGGAAGAAAUAUCAGACUUGAAAUCUGCUGCUGUAACUCGUGAAUCAGAUUUGGAAAGUUCAUUAAGCAGAUUACGUUCCGUUGAGGAUCAAUAUGCUACACUGCAAAGUGAACAUGCUAAGACACGAAAUGAGCUAGAAAUUUUACAGCGAGAAUAUGACCUACUCAAGAGCACGAAUAUAAAUCAAGAAUCUGAGCUUGAACGACUUCGAAAUAAAAUCCAACAGUACGAAGUGACGAUUAAGGAACAAAAGAAUGCACUUGAUCAUCUCAAAGCAGAACGAGAACGACUGCAAAAUAUUUAUCGUGAUAAGGUCAAGCAAUUAGAUCAUUUGACCCAAUUGGUGCAAUCAUUCGAUGUCAAAAUGAACAAAAUGCGCCAAAAUCUUCGAGAUACCUCAGAUAAAUUUGUUGCUGCUGAAACAGAACGUAAUGCUUUACGCUCCGAAGUUACCAAAUUGCAACAAGAGCUACAAUUUGGCAAAGAUCAAAUGGUACGCAGAACAGAUGAAUAUCAAUCAUCGUUGGAAGAUUUAGCAAAUGCACAUCGAGCUGCAGAAGAUGGUCGACUUAAUGCUUUACAAGAAUUAGAAUCAAGAAAAUAUGAAUUAGCUGAUUUAAAGUCACGAUUUGAAAAUACGGAACAACGCUUAACCUCACUACAACAUGAUUAUAAUAAAGUGGAAAAUGAAAGAGAUAUUUUGGCUGAUUCACUUAAACGCUUCUAUUCCGUAACGACACAUGCGGUAACAUUACACAAAGUGAAGGUAAAUUAUCUAAAUGAAUGGAUAGUUAUCGAGUAA